AGGGUUUAGGUUCGCCCUUCCCCUUCUUCACCCCAAAACCCUAGAAAGAGAUAGAGGUCAAAAAUGAAAGAAAUCCCGCUGCAGCUAUCACUAAGCCAAACACAGAGAUCGAGACUGCGAGCUGCUCUCGAGAAACUUCAGGAUCUCGCUUCGAAAUCCACAGCCUCUGUCACCGUCGCCGACACGAUCCCCGUCAACCACGAAGAUGGCAUCCUCAAGGGCCAUGGGACGUCAGAGUUCAAUGAAGAAGUGGUGGCUACAGUUUGUGGUGUGGUUGAGCGAGUGAACAAACUUGUUUAUGUUCGUACGCUUAGAGCUAGGUACAUACCAGAGGUUGGAGAUAUUAUUGUUGGCCGUGUCCUUGAGAUUGCUCCAAAACGCUGGAGAUUGGAAAUAAAUUUCAGUCAGGAUGCAGUAUUGAUGCUUUCAUCUAUGAACUUGCCAGAUGGUAUUCAGAGACGCAGAACUGCUGUUGAUGAACUCAACAUGCGUAGCAUCUUUGAAGAAAAUGAUGUUGUUUGUGCUGAAGUUCGUGGAUUUCAGCAUGAUGGGAGUUUGCAGCUACAAGCAAGAAGUCAAAAGUAUGGAAAGUUAGAAAGAGGUCAACUGCUCUCAGUCCCAUCAUACUUAGUUAAAAGACGCAAACAACAUUUCCACCAUCUUGAAAAAUAUGGUGUCGAUCUCAUUCUAGGCUGCAACGGUUUCAUUUGGGUCGGUGAACACGUAGAACCUAAAGACAACGAGAUGGUGGAAGAUCAUCAGAAACAAGAAGAAUUUACACCAUUGGAAACAAGGCAGCAUAUUUGCAGGAUUGCCAAUUCGAUUCGUUUGCUUUCUGCUUUGGGAUUCAAUCUUUCUGCUGAUAAAAUUGUGGAGACCGCUGAGGCUAGUAUGUUUUCAAAUAUCGCGAUAAAAGAUAUUCUUGGAGCUGAGUUUUGUGUUGAGACUGCAGAGACUGAACUUAAGAGAAGAGUUUCGAAGAGGAGAAGCUGAUUGCUUGCGAAUUUAUGUGAUAAGUUUUCAUUUUGUUAGUCAAAGGAGGGAUAUCUUGCGUGCAUUUUUGAGUUGCGGAAUGUUUGAAAGCCCUUAAGCUGCUUCAAUCUAUGUUCAAUGGUAGUUGAAAUGAACAAAAUUUUCUUGUAAUGCUGAAAGCAUAUAUCUUUUUUCCAUUUGUUUUUGGGUAACAUUUCUUUUUGACCUU